UUACUUUCUCCUGAUGAUGUUAUUUUUCCUCUUCUCCCAGAUGGAGCCAGGUGCCGGUACUCUCACAAGUCUCGGACGCAGAACAGAUCAAUAUCGAUGCCUCCAACAUGGAGGAUUCUGUCUCCGCUCCAGCUGUCCUUCUAAUACCAGGCUACAGGGAACCUGUAAGCCAGAUAAGCCCAACUGUUGUAGGAGUUGACAGUGAUUUGAAGAAUGAGCA